AUUUAUGAAGCUUUAUUGAACACUACUAUGGACAUAGAUUCACUAGAAGCAGACUCACAUUUAGAUGAAGUCUGGAUCAAAGAAGUGAUAAAGAAGGCAGGAAUGAAGUUAAAAUGGAGCAAAUUAAAACAGGACAAAGUCAGAGAAAAUAAAGAUGCCGUGAGAAGGCCCCAGGCAGAUCCAGCUUUAUUAACCCCAAGGUCCCCAGUGGUAACUAUAAUGGGUCAUGUUGAUCAUGGGAAAACGACGUUACUUGACAAACUGCGAAAAACUCAAGUGGCAGCAAUGGAAGCUGGAGGCAUCACUCAGCACAUUGGUGCCUUUCUUGUCUCUCUGCCUUCUGGGGAGAAGAUAACCUUUCUCGAUACUCCAGGACAUGCUGCGUUCUCAGCGAUGAGAGCCAGGGGUGCUCAGGUCACCGACAUUAUCAUACUGGUUGUAGCUGCAGAUGAUGGAGUGAUGAAACAAACGGUAGAAUCCAUUCAGCAUGCCAAAGAUGCUCAAGUGCCUAUUGUCCUUGCCAUAAACAAAUGUGACAAAGCUGAGGCUGAUCCUGAAAAAGUGAAGAAAGAACUGCUAGCUUAUGAUGUUGUGUGUGAAGAUUACGGAGGUGAUGUACAGGCAGUGCAUGUCUCUGCACUUACGGGGGAUAACCUGAUGGCUUUGGCAGAGGCAACAAUUACUCUUGCAGAAAUAUUAGAAUUGAAAGCAGACCCCACAGGUCCAGUGGAAGGAACAGUUAUAGAAUCUUUCACAGACAAAGGAAGAGG